AUGGAGUUGGACUUGGAAAAGGUCGAAUUCCACCCUUACAACUCCACAAUCGCCCAUGGCGGAUCCAAGAUCGAGCCACGCGUCCUGGUGGUCGAUUCCACCGCCUCAGAGAGCUCUGAAGCUCCUGGAGGUGUCGAAAGAGGCCUCAAAUCUCGGCAGGUGCAAAUGAUCGUCCUUGGGGGCACCAUCGGUACCGGGCUCUUCAUUUCCACCGGUAAUAUUAUCGCCCAGGCCGGUCCUGGGCUGGCAUUGAUUGCCUUUCUCUUCAUAGCUACCCUUUGUUACAGUGUCACCAUGUCGCUUGGGGAAAUGGUUGCUUGUAUCCCUAUUACGGGUUCAUUUGCUCAAUUCGCCACGCGUUGGAUUUCGCCCGCAAUUGGGGCUGCUAAUGGAUGGAAUUACUGGUUCUCCUGGGUGACCACGUUUGCACUCGAACUAUCAAUCAUUGGUGACGUUAUUGGCUACUGGACACAUGCUGUCCCACUUUGGGCAUGGAUCACAAUCUUCUUUGUCGUGUUGACUGCACUCAAUCUAUUGCCCGUUUCAUUUUAUGGGGAAAUCGAAUUCUGGAUGUCACUAAUGAAGGUGUUAGCUGUUCUUGGUUGGUUAAUAUAUGCCCUUUGUAUGGUGUGUGGCGCUAACAAUGUGAGGGGCGCUGUUGGUUUCAGAUACUGGCACCACCCUGGCCCUUGGGGUCCAGGUUAUAUGGUGCAAAGUGAUCAGGCCACCGGUCGCUUCUUAGGGUGGCUUAAGUCGUUGAUUGCCGCUGCUUUCACCUUCCAAGGUACCGAAACCGUCGGUAUCACUGCUGGUGAAUCGCAAAACCCCCGCAAAACAUUACCGCUGGCCAUCCGCAAAAUCAUCUGGCGUAUUCUCAUUUUCUACGUCUUGGUGAUCUUUUUCCUCGGGUUGCUUGUUCCCUACGAUGACCCUCGGUUGGCAGCAAAUCAGCCGGCAGACUCUACCGCUGAGUAUUCGACUACAUCGCCCUUUCUUAUCGCCAUUCUCAAUAGCGGUACCCAUGUUCUUGACCACAUAUUCAAUGCUGUGAUUUUGAGUACAGUGAUUUCAGCCGGGAACAGUAACGUUUACUUGGCAAGUCGAGUGUUGUACGCGUUGGCUGAGUCACGCGUUGCCCCACGAUUCAUGAUGUGGACCCCGUAUAAGGGCGUGCCUGUGUUUUGCGUUUUGUUCCUGGCUGCCUUCGGCGCAUUAGGUUACUUAGCAGUGAAUCUGGCGUCAAUGGUGGCGUUCAAUUGGUUAUUGAACAUUUCUGCCACUGCCAGUUUGCUUGCUUGGGGCUGGAUUUCAGUGUGUCACAUCCGAUUUAUGAAUGUGUUGAAAGCGCGAGGUGUUGAUCGCAACACCCUUCCUUUCAAGGCACCAUUUAUGCCGUAUGCCGCUUACUACGCCUCCUUCCUUAUCUUUCUCCUCGUGCUCGUCAACGGGUUUGACGUGUUCUGGAACUUCACAGCUAGUGAGUUCUUUACGGCUUAUAUUUCGCCAAUCUUCUUCGUCUUCUGCUGGUUGGUGUUCACCGUCAUAUUCAACAUGCCGAAAGAAGGGCCGUGGUAUAAGCGGUUACUUGCUGGGUUUAGAGGGUUUUACCCCCGCAAAUGGUUGGUACCGCUAGACGAGUGCGACAUUGAAACCGGUGCCCGUUAUUACGAGGACCUCGAACCUGAGGAUGAGACGCCCUUACCGUCGUGGCGCAAAAUUAUUAAGCCUAUUCUCUGA